AUGUCACCCCGUUGCAAACACGCACUCCGCAUCGGCCCAGACACAACAACAACGAAGAGGCCAAGACGGAGGGCUGGUGCAGGGGUAUGGGUGCGGGUGGCAGCACUGUGGAGUUGGCAGCACUGGGAGAAGCGGGAACAGGCAGAGAGGGGAGACGCGUGGCCAGAGAGGAGGCCAGCGUGUGCCUGCCUGCUUUACUAUGUGUUGUGUUGCUCCUGUGGUGCCAAACUCACGGAGAACUCAUGGGAUAACUUUGUAAACAUCUCCAUUCCACUGUCUGAGGCAUCCCAGCUGGUGACCAUCCUGGGACACCCCCACCUCAUGGUCCAGACCCUCAGGAACCCUGCUGACCUUGCUUUUGACUUGGUGACUGUCAGGAGUGGGCUGCUCAGGAGUGGGAGAGGAUAUUUGAACCAGAAACCAAAGCCAGCACAACACACUUCAAAGCUUCCUUGGAGGGUUUCUAUGGACUCAUUCUAGAGAAACUGGUCACUGAGAAAUUUUCAGACUCCUCAUUGGCCUUCCCAAGCACCAGCAGUUUUAGCACAAUGGCACAAGACGGGUAGGACAUGGUGCCUCUCGACCUCGAGCUUCUGGCUGAGCUGGAGGAGGAAGCAACCUCUCACUAUACUGAGGAGGAUAACCAGUUUACAGAGCACUGCAAGAAGAGCCUGCCUAAGCCGCCAAUACUCCCUGCUGACAGAUUUGACCGCAACAGACAGUGCAGAGGCAACUUUAGGCAUCAAGACUACAGGAAGGAAGGAGGCUGCAGGGAUCAAGGGGAGUACAGAGGUCAUGGGAAUUAUAGGGAUCGUGGGAAUUACAGGGAUCACAGGUGGGAAUAUUCUGACCACAGGCAAGGGAGGUUUGUCAGUGACCACAGAGAUCAUGAUGACAGCAGAAGGGAUAGUGAGAAGAGGAAGUACAGGUCUGAGAAGGAGAGUGAUGAGUAUGGAAGAAGGAAUUACCAGUCCAGCAAAUACUACAAUGGGUGGGGGGGGGGGGUGUCAUCCUGUUGAGUUUUGUGAAUCCAGUGGCUGGUAUAUUUAUCUUUCAUCAGGGACUUCACACAAGCUUCCACGCCAUUAAUUCUUUGACCAUUACCAAAGGUUACUGACAUUUAAUUUACAUUUAAAUGCCUGCCUGCCUGUCUGUUCAUAUAUUUCUCUCACAACGUACUCACCAUUCACUUGUGAACAUUUAGAUUUUUAGGAAAUAUUUUUGAGCAAGUUCCUUCAUCACAAGGCAACCAUCUACUAAAAAGAAAGAAAAAUGGAAUAUAUGUUGGCAUUUCCUUGAUUGCUUUUGGUGUUUGUGUGUGACUUUCCAGAGUGACAAUACAAGUGUUAUCCCCACUACAAGUCAUGCACUAUAUAUAACAUCACUGAGUAUCUUUUCUCUCAUUUUCAUAUAAAUGUUUGUAACAUUUUCAUAUAAAUGUAUGCUAACUUUUAUGUGGACUUACUGUAAGAUUUUUUAAAAGUAAAGUAUUUAUCCAAUUUACGAUUAUAUACUAAAAACCUCCAAGAAAAGUAUUUUUCCAAUUCACGAUUAUAUACUAAACCUUCAUCUCCAAGAUAAGACGUGAUGGUUCAUAACGUGCACAGGAAUGGCAUCCAACAAAGUAAUUGUUGCCAAAGCCUCCAGUAAUCCAGAACCUUAAAAAAGUUGCAACCCUCACUUUAGUCUGAAAUUUUUAUACUGUAUGUCUGCAUAAUUAUCAAGUUACAUCCCCUUGCAGCCUCAGCACACCAAGGCAAGGAGAUACCGUGAAGGAUUAGACCAAACAUUAACACAGGUAAAUCUUUAAACUUACACUAAAUCUUAAGAUGGCAAGGCAACAACUACUUUGUUGGAUACUGUUGUAAUAUGUAGUUUUUAUUCUCACCCAAACUUUCUGGCAUAAAUUAAGGAUGAAUGAUGAAUAAGGCUGCCACAAUUUGUAAAGAAAAUACUGACUGAUGUUAAUAAUAUGGAUUUAAGAAGUAAAUGUAAAAUAAACCUCUGCAUGAAUAACAAGACUUUUCUAUAGAAUGUGUUGGUUAGUGUGGUGAUGACUGCUGCUGCUGCUGCUGCUACCGCUGCAGGUCAAGUGGCUUCUUGGGACUGCGUCACAGUACUCCUUGAUUUCUGAAAUAAACAUUGAAUCAUUA